UGCCUCACCAUAUAUAGUCGAAGAAGUAACACUAAUCAAGAUCGAUCAUGGGGCACCACGUUCGCCGAUUAGUCCUGGUGCUCCUGUUCGCGGCCGCGGCCAUGGCGACUAGCCAAGUGGAGACGACGCCGCCGAUCCGGGACCAGAUGGACCUCCCGCCACUCCCAUCUCCGGCCGACAUUCCGGUCACGCCGCCGUGCCUGAACAGCAUAUCCGUGUGCGGUCUCGUCUACCAGGACCCCUCCAAGCUGGCACCGUGCUGCACCGCGGUCAAGAAGCUCUUCGGCAGUGAUCCGGAGUGCAUCUGUGACGGAAUCGCUGAGGCUCAGAAGGUCGCAAAGCAGUCCGGGCUCAACUACACCGUCGACGGCCAGGAGAUGUUCCGCCGGUGUGAGAUGCCUCUCACCAGCUGCGACCCCGAAAAUCCAGGAUUACAAAACAUUGGAAAUGCGGCACCUAGUGCAAGGUCCUUUGGCGCCUUGCAAAUCCUACUUGUCUUUCCAAUAUUCUUCAUGCUUUGAGGAUGGAGUGUCGGAGGGCCUCCCUUGUUUUUUGUUUUGUUUUUGCAAUUCAUCCCUCUCAUUCUUUAUUACGUAUUCUAUAAUGUCAACUACAGUAUUUGAUAUAACCGUGUAUCACGAUGCAAUCAAUAAAAGUGGUGAGUGUUUUCUUUUCA